CUGAUGGUCACAUGACCGAAAGUGCAAUAUCCGGAAGUGAAAAUUGGUAAAUGUCAACAUACAUGAAGGAGGUCUGAUUACCAUCCGCUGUGGGAGAGACUGAGGGAUCAGCUGGGAGGAGGGAGGACUAAACCAGGAACAGGCUAAGGGCAAGGGGAAAAGGGAUAAAUCAUGGCCUCCUCGAGUGCAGUCUUAUCUAUUAAUGGAAAUAACCAUCAAAAUUUAAACCUGAACGUGAAAGCGGUCUCUGCCAAGCUUCGUGGUCGUCCAUCUCGUAUCAGCGGCUUCCUUGAGGUGUCGGUCGAUGGACUACCUGGUGAGACUAAGAAAACUGGGAAAAAGACAGGGGACUCUGAUCUCCGGUUUAACGAGACACUCAGCCUGAAAGUGUCUUCCAAAAGUUUGUUGGAGAUCAGACUGUGGAAAUGUCACAAUCAGGAUAAUGAACUCCUGGGGACAGCAUGUGUCAAUCUGCAGAAUGCCUUAAGCAAGAAAGACGACCAAAUGAAUAGCAUUCCACUGCGGCUCAACUUGCAGACAGCGCACCGAGGUAGCGUGGUGUCCGGAGGAGAACUGACCAUUCUCCUGAGCGAGCCUUGUGUCGAUGUAGGAAGUGCUCCAGAGUUCCCUGAAACAUCUGUCACAGAUUCCGAGAUGGUAUUUGAGAAUGGUCACUACGCCCUGGACAAAGCAAGAGACCCCCCACCAAAUCCAGAGAAUGGGACGGGUCAACCAGCAAAGGACCAGAAUGACUCCGGUGACAUCACUGUGAUGGUAAAUGGUGACUUCACCCACGUGCCUGGAGUGGAUUCUGGGAACUCUGAUGCCGAUUAUCCGGCUACUGUUGUCACAAGCCCUCCACCAUCUCCAGGGUCCGUGUUACACUCCGUGGAACCCACAGAAUCUACUGGAACUGACUCCUUGCGUCCCUCUGCAACAACCCCACCUGCAGAGGGCCUGCCACCUGGGUGGGAGCAGAGACAGCUGAGCAAUGGACGGGUGUACUACGUGGACCACAAUACCAAGAGCACUACGUGGGAGAGACCCCUGCCCCCUGGGUGGGAGAAACGAGUGGAUAAUAGAGGCCGAUACUAUUACGUCGACCACAACACUCGCACAACCACAUGGCAGAGACCUACAGCAGAAUAUGUCCGGAAUUAUGAGCAGUGGCAGUCCCAGCGGAACCAGCUUCAAGGCGCCAUGCAACACCUGAGCCAACGUUUCCUGUACCAGUCCUCAACCAGCGCUCCUGACAAUGACCCGCUUGGACCAUUACCUAACGGAUGGGAGAAACAUCAGGAUAAUGGCCGGGUGUAUUACGUGAACCACAACACUCGUACAACGCAGUGGGAGGACCCAAGAACUCAGGGGAUGAUCCAGGAACCAGCACUGCCUCCUGGUUGGGAAAUGAAAUAUACAAGUGAGGGUAUCCGAUACUUUGUGGAUCACAACACUCGCACCACCACCUUCAAAGACCCUCGGCCUGGAUUUGAUUCUGGGGCCAAGCAGGGAGGGUCCCCUGGAGCAUACGACAGAAGCAGAAGUUUCAGAUGGAAAUAUCAUCAGUUCCGUUUUUUGUGCCAUUCUAACACACUCCCGAGCCACGUAAAGAUCAGCGUGUCCAGACAGACACUGUUUGAGGAUUCAUUCCAGCAGAUCAUGAAUAUGAAGCCAUACGAUCUCAGACGGCGUCUCUACAUCAUCAUGCGCGGUGAGGAAGGUCUGGAUUACGGUGGCAUUGCCAGAGAGUGGUUCUUUUUGCUGUCACACGAGGUGCUGAACCCCAUGUACUGUCUCUUUGAAUAUGCUGGAAAGAACAAUUACUGCUUACAGAUUAAUCCUGCGUCAUCCAUCAACCCUGAUCACCUCACCUAUUUCCGAUUCAUUGGUCGCUUUAUAGCCAUGGCUCUCUACCAUGGAAAGUUCAUAGACACUGGAUUCACGCUACCAUUCUACAAGCGAAUGUUAAACAAGAAACCAACCCUGCGAGACCUCGAAUCCAUCGACCCCGAAUUCUAUAAUUCCAUUAUGUGGAUCAAAGACAAUAACCUGGAGGAGUGCGAGCUGGAGCUUUAUUUUGUACAGGACAUGGAGAUCCUGGGGGAGGUGACCUCUCACAAGCUAAAGGAAGGAGGGGAAAACAUCUGUGUUACAGAAGAGAACAAGGAAGAAUUUAUCAUGCUUCUUACAGAUUGGCGUUUCACUCGUGGUGUAGAGGAGCAGACCACAGCUUUCCUGGAUGGCUUUAAUGAGGUUGUCCCCUUGGAGUGGCUGCGUUACUUUGAUGAAAAGGAGCUGGAGCUGAUGCUGUGUGGGAUGCAGGAAAUUGAUCUAAACGAUUGGCAGAAGAACACGAUUUAUCGCCACUAUACUAAAACUAGCAAGCAGGUCCAGUGGUUCUGGCAAGUAGUAAAGGAAAUGGACAAUGAGAAACGGAUCCGCUUGCUGCAGUUUGUAACAGGAACAUGCCGCCUACCCGUCGGUGGUUUCACAGAACUGAUUGGAAGCAAUGGGCCCCAAAAAUUCUGCAUUGACAAAGUUGGUAAAGACACUUGGUUACCAAGGAGCCAUACCUGCUUUAACAGGUUAGAUCUUCCUCCAUAUAAAAGCUUUGAGCAGCUAAAGGAGAAGUUGCUUUUCGCCAUUGAGGAGACAGAAGGGUUUGGCCAGGAGUAAAUUUUUAGAGUCUAAAAUGUUGCAAAAGAAGGGAAAAGGCCAAGUGAAAAUCAGGAAAUUCUACCUGUGUCUGCUUAUUUUAUGGACCUGUCAAAUUUCAUGCCCACUUCUAAGAGGUUACAUCUGGAGAUCUAUGUGUCUGGGGCCCCCUUGAACACACAAAGUCACCAGGAAGCAUGUGCUUUUAAUAUGUGGAUCUCUGCAUGAUGGCAUUUUUUAAAUUUUGUUUUUUUUUAAAAAAAAAGAAAUUCUCAUAUGGGAGACGUUUUUCCCGAGCUUACAGUCCCUUCACAAUAACCAAGGUUGAGGCCACAUUUUGCUUUAUUUGAUUCUAACACUCCUUUUUCCAUGACUGAACUGUAAAUGAUAUCAAAUCUCACAUACAGAAGCUUUUGUCCAGGUGCCUUAGAAAGCAGAAUGAUGCAGAGUGUGCUCAGAGAUCAGGGUAAGGCCGGAAUCACAGUAACAUAUGCCUAAAGACCAGACAUUGAGCCAGAUCACGGACAGGUGGCUGCGGCAUGGACUGUAAAUGAACUUUAGGGCAGCUUCAUAUCUGGAGGCGUGGCCAUGUCAAGUGACAGGAAGCCGGGAAGUUAAAGGGCUAGGAAGCAGGUUACGCACUAGACCUGCCGUCAGAUUACAUUCGUGUCUUAAUUCUCUGCCAGCAAUGUGUCAUUUCAUCACUUUCACACUGAAUGUGAUCAAAUUGUACAUGGAGGCAUUGUUAAUAAGUAACUGGUGUAUGAGGAUAACCAGAGCAGACCCUUGGUGAACUGGGAUAGUGGGGUAUGGAUCCUUCCUCGGUCCUUCUAAGAAAUCUAAAUUACAUUCUGUUGUUUUUAUUCUUUUUUUACCCAAUGUACAUUCUAGGUGUUCAUACUGCUUUUCACUAUGAUUUCAAUCUGAUAUAGCCCUCUCACCCCUUAACAAACCAGGUGUGCCGUGAAUCAAGCAUUAUCACUCCUUCAGAUCUGUAAACCAUAGAGUUUUGAGAACUUGCUCUGUUAUUGGAACAUUGGGAAUUCUAGGAUUGCUGUUAUCUAAGUACAGACAUGUUAUAUGGACCGACAGAGCCUUCCACAGUUAUUAUACUGGCUGGGCUAAUACUCUAUGAUAGCUUGGGGCAUCAGAGACUUUAACUGCUUCCAAACUGCUUAGGAAGUAAAACCAUCAAUCGCUAGUCCUGUCUGAAAUAUCAUUGGAUUAAAUACAUAAUGAGAGGUCUAGCAGCACCCUAAAUUUCCCGUGAAGGUGGUGAGAUUCACAAGUUAAUUUUGGGAAUGAGAUAUAACAUAAUCUGUACAGUGCCCUUCCCGAUGGGUUUUAUUUCUCUUAAUAGAUUUCUGCACAGCCUAGAGGGAACCUUUGUCUGAUUUCACUCCGCUAAGGCGUUUAUAGACUAAUGUAGGAACUGGGGAGUCUCGACAACAGAAUUGCACAUUGUAGGCAGAAUAACCAAAGCGGAAAUAUUAGCUAUUUUUCUAGAUUGUCUAGAUUUCCAGAUGUGCGGUUUCCCUAGCCAGCAAAUUAACGCCUAACCCUUUAAUCAUUAUCAGAAAUGGAAGUCACAUGCAACCAACCGGUAGAUUUCAAUGAAAACCUUGUGGGCCAGCUAAUUAACAAUUAACUGAUUUUCAAUUACAAAGCUUUGACGGAGCCAGAGCAGGGAUAACCAGGAGGUAACUCACCAGCUGUUGUGAAUUACAGCCCCCCAAAUUCUCAGCCAGCAUCGAGUUGGGUACAGUCAUUCAAGGGUAUUGUAGCUCAGCAGCCUGUACUUCGCAGCUGAGAUUCCAUUUUGUGUUUGUUCUAAUGGUCUAAUCACUUUAAUGGGCUGAUUCCUGCCCCAGCUGGUAGCAUCUGGGAUUGUGGCUGUAUAUAAAGUGUGUAUAUAAAAUAUAAAUAUAUAUAUAUAAAAAUAACAUGUCAUUUACAGGCUUCUCUAGUGGAUCACUGGGAUUUUGUAUAGCAGCGAUCUAUGCCAAUGAUGUCAAAUUUCUUGUGCAAUAAAAAGCCGUUUGUUUAA